GCAUGACAGACUCGCUAGUAUGAAUUAUACAGCAGUCAUUCAACUCGUCACUAGUGUCAAAUACUCCUUUCCAAUCAAAAACGAAUAUAGGAAUGUUCUUAACAUGCGACACUAGAACACAACAGGAGAAGAGCAGCAGUGAGGGAGCCCAGUAAGAGGACGGUGAGCACUGAAGCUCCAGGGCUGCAUGGCUGAGACACAGACCCAGUGUACAUACUGCAUCUGUUGGCUGGGUGCUGCUCCAGCAGUCACAGCUUUAUGGCAGCAUGGUAAGCCAUUUGUUGAAAAAGAUAAGGGUGGAACUCCAGGACAUCCGACCACUCACUCACUCACUGUUGUAUUCCUAGUAUAAUCAUACACGGUUCAUCCUUACCGUUUCCUUAAAAGGUUACUGUGGAGCUGGGGGUGAACUUGUUGCAAAGGAAUGUCGCAUCCUUCAGGAAUACUUUUCAAUUUUGCUUUUGGGAUUAAUCUGAGAAACCCCAGCAAAUGCUGUUUAGGGAGGAUGCACAGAUCAAAUUCACUGACUGUUAAUACGUGAUCAAUGAUAUUCUUGUUUGCUAAAUUCUGACUCAAUGAAUGCUAGACUACUCCACAAAAAAGCAGGCAUGUUGACUUCAAAUGCUAUUUAUUUUCCCUAAUAUGGUUAUUAUAUCUUAGAAUAUCAUAAAUCACAGGUAAUUUCUUUGUGUAUUUUGACUGAUAUGGAUUUACUGGGUUUGUAAUUUCCCAUCUUACUGAACCUUUUUUUAUCAGUUUAUCUUGCACGUGUUGAAUGUGCCUGUGUUUUGAUUCUGAGUUAAUAUUGAGCCAUCAUUUUCCCAUCCUAUCCUAUCCUAUUAGAAUCCAGUAGAGCAGGAAUAUACUGUAGCUCUAGUGUAUUUUGUGAAGGAGGGCAUUCAGUAAAGUGCAUUAAGCUGCAGAAACCUAACUUGAAAGAAACCCAGCACUAAUGUAACUUUGCAUUUCAAUGAAGUUCCAUUCGCUCACUAGAAGUUGAGAUGUUGAUAAGACGGAGAGAAGUAUCACUUUACCACACUAACCUUCUGUAAGCCAAUACCAUGUUACAAAAGAUAUUCCAGCACUUAUAAUAUAUACACAGAAAUCUAAUCAUACUAUAAGUGUCAUCACGAUUGUCACUCGUUUCUUUCAACCAUGCGCUUUUUAUUACAGUGUAAAAGGUAAGUUGUCAUUGAUUCUCCACUGACUGAAUGCACAACUACAUGACGGUCCAGUCCUCGCACUUCUUAUGUGCAGUAGAUAUUUAUGUAACGUGACAAAACGUAAAGAAAAUAAGUAUAUGGCGUCAAUCAAAUUAUAGAUUCACAUGCUAUGUGGAAUCACAACAAGAAAAAUUAAAGUACGAUAAUACAUGAUUUAUGCACAAAGUUUGAAAAAGUUGAAAGCAAACUUUUCGAGCGAGCCGCCAUGAUGAAACGCCUUUUCCGCAUAAAAACGACCCUUCGUGUCUUUACCCAAUCACAGUCCGUUGGUUUUGAGCGACACGUCAAUCCACCAAUCGGAUACCUACGUGUGCGUUUAUCGCCAGCUGGUAAUCCACUGAAUCAUAUCCUGGGGAGUUUCGACUUCGUUGUGGCGCCGAACAGAAGCAAGAUAAAAGUACACUGGAGCAACCAUGGUCAAGAUUUUCAUUGGGAACUUGUCCCAGAACACUGGGAAGGAAGACGUCGAAGCUCUGUUUACCCCGUUUGGCACAGUAACAGAAAGUGCCAAGUUCAAAAACUAUGCAUUUGUCCAUAUGGACGACCGAAAGUCGGCCACCAAAGCCAUCCGUGAGCUCCAUCUCUAUAAGCUGGACGGCAGACCCAUCAACGUGGAGCCCAGCAGAGGGAAGAACCAGGGCCCCGUGAAGCUCCACAUAGCCAACGUAGAAAAGGGCUUCGAUGAUGAGCUCCGGGAGCUGUUUGAGGAGUACGGCACAGUCAAAGAGUGCGCCAUUAUCAAGAACUUUGCCUUUGUACACAUGGCCAAUUCUGAUGAGGCCAUGGAUGCCAUAAAGGGCCUGGAUAACACAGACUUUCAAGGAAAGCGCAUACACGUUCAGGUAUCAAAAAGCAGACCCAGAGGUGGGCCCGACGAGGAGGAGGACUAUCCGCCUCCGCCAAGCAGAGGCGGCUAUUAUCCUCCUCGCUACCCAGGGGAGAGGCCCGAGCCUCCCUACAGAGAGCGCAUGUCCGCGUACGCUCCUCCGCCGCUGCCUCCGCCGCCCCCUCCCCCGAGACGAGCGGCAUAUCCCGACCGUGGCUACGGCGAGCGAGAAGCCUACGGGAUGGUCGAUUACUAUGAGAAAUACAGAGCCCGUCCUUACAGCGUGGGGGGCUACGACGACAGGCGCUCCGGUGCCAACCCCCCUCCUCCGCCUCCUCCCUCGGCCCUGGUUAGGGAGCGCCUCGGAAUGGGGGGCCAUAACCCAUACGAGCGCCCCCCACCGGCUCCGCCGUCCUAUAUGACCAGGGACCGAAGCCCCAUCAGGCGAGCCCCCCCUCCGCCCGCGAUGUCGGCUGGUAACGGGUACCCCUACGAGCGGUCCCGGCUCUCCCCGCUGUCCAGGGCUCCGAUGUAUGCUGCGCCGAUGUACGGGACUCCCCGACCCAGGGACCCCUACUCAGAGGGGGUGGCGCCGCCGCCACCACCACCUCGAUAUGCAGGCUUGAAAAUGCUGGAAAACGCGUUGUUAGACUCAAUGCAGGAGAGGCCCGCUCAUGGUAAGUCCUCCUCGGAAGAUGUGCAGCAUCCAGUGGAACAGAGGCACUGCCAGCACCUCAAAGUCCACCUCGAAGCUCCCCUUGGCCUCGCCGGACUCACGGAUGAUCAGCAUCUCAUACUCCCCGAAGCGGACCAGGGCCUUGUCCGGGAGAUCCGUCCUCUCCAGGUAGCCCAGCUCGGAGCUGUUCACCGACAGCCGCCCCCUCUGGCUCAGGUUCUGGAUGGUGAACAGCAUGUCUGGGCUGUGCGGCGUGCGGUAGGUGUGGAGGGCCAGCUGUUUGCGGGACACCCGGACGUCGGCCAGGGCGAAGGUGCAGGCCUGGGCGUCACGUCCCAGCCUGAGGGGGUCAUCCGCCGAGCGUCUGCUCCUGGUCCCCAGAGGAAGCAGCCCGUAAAGGCCCUUACAGCUCUGCUGAGGGUGGUAAAGCUUGAUGUGGAGGCACGAAAAUCUUCAACAAUGGUGAAGAUCUUUGUGGGAAACCUGCCCCGAGAGGCAGACCAGGAGGAAAUCAAGGCACUCUUUACCGAGCACGGCACAGUCACAGAAUGUGCCAUCAUCAAGAACUACGCCUUCAUCCACAUGGAUGACCGCAAGGCCGCCACCAAAGCCAUUAAGACUUUGCACCUCUACAAGCUUCACGGCACACCGAUCAACGUGGAGGCCAGCCACGGGAAGAACCAGGGCUCCGUCAAACUGCACGUAGCUAACGUAGAAAAGGGCGCUGACGACGAGCUCCGUGCUCUCUUUGAAGAGUACGGCUCAGUCACGGAGUCUGCUGUAGUCAAGAAUUUUGCUUUUGUACACAUGUCCAACUCUGACGAGGCCAUGGAUGCCAUCAAGGGCCUGGACAAUACUGAAUUUCAAGGCAAACGCAUCCAUGUCCAGAUUUCUAAGAGCCGUCCCAGACACGAUGAGCGUGAUGACUACCCUCCUCCUCCAGACAGGGGUGGCUAUUGGCCCCCUCGCUACCCGGGAGAGAGGCAUGAGCCUCCCCCGCCCAGCUACAUGAGAGGCCGCCUCAGCCAUAUGCCCCCAGGUUACCCUGCCCCUCCUCUGCCACCCCCUCCCCCUAGACGAGCCGUUUAUCCCGAACGUCCCUACGAGGGUGAGAGGGAGCGAUACAAUGUGGUAGAUUACUAUGAGAAGUACAGAGCCCGUCCGUAUGGCAUGGCCGCCUACGAGGACCAGCGUGCUGGCGCCCCUCCUCCUCCCCCUCCCCCCUCAGCCGUCGUCCGAGACCGUCUUAUGCCCUCGUCGCUUGACCCGUAUGAGCGUCGUCCCCUCCCACCACCCCCGUCCUCGUACUACGCCCGUGAUCGCAGUCCCCUAAGGAGGGUGCCCAGUGCGCCAAUGCCGCCCGCUAAUAAUGGCUACUCCUACGAGCGAUCUCGACUCUCUCCGGUUUCCCGGGUCCCGGGAUACGGAGUUCCACGCGCCAGGGACCCCUACGCAGCUUGUCACUUGUCCUGCACGCUCCAGCUGUUGUGGGGGAAAAACAAGGUUUGAAAAAGCAUGCGUACGAAGUGCUAUUCAACAAGUUGUAAAUGCGUUGGCAAUGCACGUCUGUGCACUCACCUGGAGUUCAGCUAAACUUAAGGAAAUAAUAUUAAUUCUAAAUGUGUGGCAUAAUCCGACAAAUACAAGCUUUCGACCUGGGAUCUCUGGCUGAACGGGACUCGAUGCAGAACUCCACAAGCAGAUAGUUGAGAUGGAACAACGUGCUUUGCAUCAACAGUUGCAGACAGUUCAUUUGUGUCAUUUGCUCUUUUUUCAGGAUCGUCGUCAACUGCGUCGCCGCUCGCCGCCUCCUGAUGCACGUGACACUAUCCUCUCCCUGUCUGUGGCUGAGCGCGUUGCGUUCCACUGCGAUGCUCACAGGAGGAACCGAAUUACCGACGCCCACGUCUGUUUUUUUGUUUUUUAUUAAUUUGGGACAGUUUUUACUCGUCCCCCCCCCCCCUGAUUGUUUUAGUUUGUCAUUGUGCUGUAGUAUUUUUUAUGCUUGACGUCUGAAUUAGGCGUUUUUUUUUUAUUUUGUACAUUUACGUUAAAAAAAAAAAUUAGUGUACUGAUGUUGUGUGUGACCUUAGAAAGCUGACCACUUCAGCAACAGUCUAGGCGAUACUUGUGACUGUAGAUUUAGCUGAACUAAAUCAUGGUAUUAAAUCUAAUCUGCACGUUGGUUCCAUUGUUACGCUUUCCCAUCGAAAACAAAACCGCCAUGUGGCGUUGCUGUGAAAAUUCAAACUGCUAAGACGUAUGGGUUUGACAAAUGUAGAAAGUAGCCGUUAAUAGGGCGGUUACCGCAAAGCGUUCACAUGUACUUGUCCAUUGUCGAACUUGUUUUUAAUAAACGGAUUUGUGCAGUAAUGUUGUUCUCGGAUGUGCCCAAACUCAUGCCCAGCGCUAAAAAAAACCUCAUCAGUGUAACCGCUUGAAUUGAUUCGAACAAUCUAACAUCUUCGAAAGGAUCAUCGCCUAUAUUAAAUCAUUCUACGUUUAUUUGUGAUAUCUCGUACAACAAACUAGCUCAAAUCGUUCCGCUGAUCUAAAAAACAUCUCUCCUGGUCUUGUCUGGAAUGCUCCAGCUUUCCUCGUUCCCCAGCGCACCUUUUAACUUUUCCCCUUUUAGUGCCGAAAUUGAGGCUGGCUCACAUUAGGGCUUAAGUGAAGAAGGGCGCAACACAGUCCUGCCAUUCUCCACCAGGUGAGGUUGUGUAACUGGGACUAGUUUAUCUUGACUCGGGGGUGAGAUGACAUCAAAGGCUGCUGGAGACCUUCAGAGUGAACAGGUAAGUCGAGGGCCUCAAGGACCACUGAAGCAGGAAGUACUACAGACAGCGCACGCUCACAUUUACCUUUCUAGAUUAUUAUUAUUAACAGUCGACACACAGCUAUCCACUCAGCUGUGUGUGUGUCUAUCCUAUCUAUCUAUCUAUCUAUCUAUCUCUCUCUCAAAAAAAAGGAACAUUCUACACUUUGUCUUGCAGACAUACAUUUAUAAACUGAUUUUACACAAAGAACUUAAAUGGAUGACAAAUUGACAGUACUUUGCAUUGAGUUGCUGUUUUGGAAGUUGAAUGAAUAAAAUAUUUCAAUCACUAA